AUGAGUGCUAUUUGUGUGACAAACGUUAGCUACCGAUACAAAGCUAACCGUGUGUUAGCCAACAUCUAUACGGGUAUACCCGAAGCCAAAAUAUACGGACUGUUAGGUCCGAGCGGUGCCGGCAAGACUACACUAUUGCGGCUGAUUUUGGGUAGAGUUGGCCUCCAGAGUGGCUCGAUAUCGGUAUUGGGCUCACCGUGCGGUCAAAACAAUCGCCUAAUCGGUUAUAUGCCACAGGAUUGUGCCCUAUGUUUGCAAUUGUCGGUCAGACAAACACUUAAAUAUUUUGCUAACUUAUAUCACAUGUCGGACAAUCUAUUUAUGGAAAGACUCAAAGAGUUGGACAAUAAAAUAGGAGUUCCCGACAUUGAUAAGUCAAUUGAUCAGCUAUCGGGUGGCCAACAGCGGCAAUUAUCACUGAUACUGGCGCUUAUACAUAAGCCCAAACUGUUGAUACUGGAUGAGCCAACCGUAGGUACCGAUCCCGAGUUAGGCUACAAAAUAUGGCAAUACUUACAGGACGGGUGUCAACGGGAAAUGAUGACCGUCCUGUUGGUCACACACUAUACCGAAGAGGCAGUCAAUGCUCAUUCAAUUGGAUUUAUGAGAGACGGACGACUGAUCGAGGAAGGGGUACCCAAAGCACUGUUAGACAAAUAUACGGAACAAUCAUUGGAAAUGGUAUUCAUUAGGCUAUGUAAUAGACAUCAAAUUAAUGAAAAACAUAAUAAAAUUAUUGAUGACAACAAUCGACAACAACAAGGCCUACAAGCAUACUAUAAGUUAGACAAUAAAUGCAAAUCAAUUGGAUUUAAUAAUAAUAAUUAUGAGACAAAUAUUAGUCGUAAGAAAAAAUGCUUAAUCGAUAUCAACCGACACGUAUCGAUGCUAUGGAUACUAUUGAUACUAAUUAGGCGUAAUAUCAAACAAUACUUACACUACAAACUCAUAUUUAUAAUGAUAUUUUCGCCAGCAUUUCAAACAUUGCUUAUGUGUAUCAUCUAUGGUGUGGAUUCAGUUGCUAUAAAAACUGCAAUAUUUAAUGGAGAUAUUAAUAGUACUGAUAGUUUUAGUACAAAAUUAUUCAAUAAUAUCAAACAAAUAGACUUAUAUUAUAUGAAACCUCACACAUACGACACACCGAGUUUGGCCAUCGAUGCGGUACGUCAGGGCAGGGCUACCGGUGCCAUUAUUGUUAGACCAAAUUUUAGCGAUGCUAUUGAAGACAGGGUAGUCAUCAAUACAUUAGCUGAUGGAUUGGACAACGAAACACUGGCCGACAGUCAACUAAAAGUCUAUAUCGACAAUACUAACUAUAUUUAUUCACAAUUUAUGAUCGACUCGUUAACCCAGUCAGUAUGGCAUCUAAUAUCGGAUAUACUGGUAGCCAAUGGACGGCCAGCUAUUCCGCCGCCGAUAACCCUGGUCGAAACUAUAUAUGCACCCGAUUCAAAACUAUCCGACUACUUACUACCCGGCUAUAUGAUUGCCUUUAUUUAUCUAUCGCAAGUAACCCUGUCAUCCAUACUGCUAAUACAGGAACGCAAGGACGGCCUAUUUGAUCGGUCAAUAGUUGCCGGUGCCGGACAUCAACUGAUAUUUGUAUCACAUUUUCUAACAUCAUCUCUAAUGUCGUUCCUGAAUGUCAUACUAAUGCUAUUGAUUGCAUUCAUAUGGUUUGAUAUAACCAAUUAUGGAUCGUAUAGUUUGGUGGUUGUCCUGGUUAUGACACAAGCUGUCAAUGCUAUAUCAUUAGGUUUGUUAAUAUCAUCGCUUUGUAGGGAAAGUUUUGUAGCAUUUUUCCUAUCAUUGUUCAUAACAUUGUCCCAACUGUUCACCAGUGGUGCCGUAUUUCCUAACGAAUCAAUUGAACCGGAAGUACGAAAACUAUUAUAUUAUAGCCCGAUAUCGAUGCCCACAGAAUCGUUGAGGAAUGUUAUGCUCAGGGGCUGGACGUUCACUAAUUUCUAUGUCUAUCACGGUUUUGCCAUCAAUUUAAUGACAGCCCUAGUAUUCAUUGUUAUAGCAAUGAUUGUAUUUAAACGUAAUUCAUAAACAAACAAACAAAUAAUAGUAAUUUUAAAUUACUAAUUUA